UUGGCCCAUAUUAGAAGCCCAAUAAUAGAGGCCCAUUUAUAAGAACAGACCCAAAACCAAAAGUCACAUAAAUAUUUAUUAGGGUUUCUCCAUUUCUCUCUGGUCGGAGACGAGGAAUUCCGUUGGGUUCAUAAUCACCGGCCGGAGCAGCAGGAGAUGAGUUGAUGUUGUGAUCAUCAUAAUCAUAAUCAUUAUUAUCAUCAUCAUCAUCAUCAAUGGAAGCGAAAUUCUUUAGGUUUUUGAAGAUUGUAGGUGUUGGGUACAAAGCUAGAGCAGAAUCAGAAGGAAGACUUUUGUUGCUGAAAUUGGGUUACAGUCAUGAGGUUGAAUUGACUGUUCCCCCUGCUGUUCGGGUUUUUUGCUUCAAAAACAAUGUCGUUUGCUGCACCGGGAUUGACAAGCAAAGGGUACACCAGUUUGCAGCCACUGUCCGUAGCUGUAAGCCUCCUGAAGUUUACAAAGGCAAAGGUAUAAUGUACAUUGAUGAAGUUAUUAAAAAGAAACAAGGAAAGAAGUCUAAGUAGUUAGUCUAGUCUUCUUUGAUAUGAGAACUGUGUUAGCUGUUGAAUGAAACAAACCUUUUGUUUUUGUUAGUUUCGAUUAGAGACCCUUUGGUUUGUUCAUUGGAGAGGUGACAAAAAUUGGUUUGUUUUAAAGAUUCUUAUAUGAACUAAAACUCACUUUCAUGUAUGAAAACAAAUUCAUGUUAGUGUUGUCAAAUAAGGGCAUGUGAUGAAGUUAUUGAAAAGAAACAAGGAGAGAAGUCUAAGUAGUUAGUCUCAUCGAUUGAAUAUUUAUCGAGUUGAGUCUAGUCUUCUUUGAUCUUAGAACUGUUUUAGCUUUUGAAUGAAGCAAACCUUUUGUUUUGGUUAGUUUCGAUUAGAGACCCUUUGGUUUGUUCAUUGGAGAGGUGACAAAAAUUGGUUUGUUUUAAAGAUUUUUAUAUGAACUAAAACUCACUUUCAUGUAUGAAAACAAAUUCAUGUUAGUGUUGUCAAAUAAGGGCAUGUGAUGAAGUUAUUAAAAAGAAACAAGGAAAGAAGUCUAAGUAGUUAGUCUCAUCGAUUGAAUAUUUAUCGAGUUGAGUCUAGUCUUCUUUGAUUUUAGAACUGUUUUAGCUUUUGAAUGAAACAAACCUUUUGUUUUGGUUAUUAGAGACCCUUUGAUUUGUUCAUUGGAGAGGUGACAAAAAUUGGUUUGUUUUAAAGAUUCUUAUAUGAACUAAAACUCACUUUCAUGUAAGAAAACAAAUUUAUGUUAGUGUUGUCAAAUAAGGGCAUGUGAUGAAGUUUUUUUCAAUUAAUUUUGGGAUGUUUUAGAAUGAGUUAACUUGUAAUAUCUAAUUUUACAUAUUUUAAUUUAAUAAAUAAUGAUGUAAAAUGACUAAUAACAAUACUUUGGAUCAAAAUGAUUGGGUGGAUGUUCAUAAAUGUUCAA